GGUAACUAGCCCACUGGCCUGCCCACUGGCCCGGGCUGUGCGUGAAGCUCCUAUCCACCAGGAUGAGGACUGCUAAUCCGUGGCUCCCGAUGGCUUCUGCUCGUGCUCAUCCAUCCCAGCCUUUUAGAGACCAGAGAGGUCCCCUCAUGAUCCCUACUUCUGGCCAGAGGAGCAAAUGCUUAUCGACCGUGGAGACAUUAUUGACACAAAGGAUGCCUGGGAUAUGCAGGAGUUCAUCACUCGAAUGUAUGUCAAGCAGCUGCUCCAACACUGGACGUUUCAGCUGCUGCUGGCCACGCUGCUGGUGGUCAAUGCCAUCACCGUCGCGCUCCGCACCAACUUCGCCCUUGGCCAGAAGCACUAUGAGUUCUUCGCUACCAUAGAUGACAUUGUGCUGACCAUCCUUAUCUGUGAGGUUCUCCUUGGCUGGUUAAAUGGCUUCUGGGUUUUCUGGAAGGAUGGCUGGAACAUCCUCAACUUCCUUAUCAUCUUUACCUUGCUCCUGGGGUUCUUCAUUAGUGAACUCAAUGUCAUCUCUAUCACCUACACCCUCAGGGUCCUUCGUCUCGUGCAUGUGUGCAUGUCUGUGGAGCCCCUGGCCCGGAUCAUUCGUGUCAUCCUGCAGUCGGUGCCUGACAUGGCCAAUAUCAUGGCCCUCAUCCUCUUCUUCAUGCUGGUGUUCUCCGUGUUUGGGGUCACUCUCUUUGGUGCAUUUGUGCCCAAGCAUUUCCAGAACAUGCAGGUGGCCCUGUACACCCUCUUCAUCUGCAUCACCCAAGAUGGCUGGGUGGACAUCUACAAUGACUUUCAGGCGAAGACCAGGGACUACGCAAUGGAGGUUGCGGGGGCCUUCUACUUUAUCACCUUCAUCACUAUUGGUGCCCUUAUUGGCAUCAACCUGUUGGUCGUCGUGGUAACCACCAACCUGGAGCAAAUGAUAAAGGCAGGAGAGCAGGGACAACAGGAUAAAAUAGGCUUCAGUGAGACAGAUGUGGAGGAGUAUGGGAAUAAGGACCUGCCCUUGGUGCACUGCGAGGUGGCCCGUUUGGAGAUGUCUGGCCUUCCCCAAGAGCCGCUUGUGGGAGGCCCUCUGUCCAACCUCUCCGAAAGUGCUUGUGACAACUUUUGUUUGGUGCUCGAGGCGAUACAGGAGAACUUGAUGCAGUACCAAGAGAUCCGAGAUGAGCUCAACAAGAUAGUGGAGGAGGUGCGCUCCAUACGCUUCAACCAGGAGCAGGAGGAGGAGCUAUUGCACAGACACUUGUCAGUCCAGUCGAUGGAGAGCAAGUCCUCCAUGGACCUGCAUGAGAUGACUAGCCAGCAAGACUUGAUCACUGCGCUCGUCCACAGGGAAAAGGUUCAGGAGUCUACCACAAAUUUACCUAAAAGGAAGAAGAGCAGCCGCUGAGAGGUCAGGAGGGGAGCCAAGGGGCCUGUGCACACGCCCAGCUGCUGCAUCUUCCUGCAUCCCAAGCGUUUGGUCUGGAAUGUUGUAUAUGUCCCUGUACUUAAACAAUAAAGUUCAGAUCUGUGUCUUGAACCUGAUCUCCGGAGUCGGGCAUGCUUCGUUAGGACUCGGUCGGCCUCACCCCCGCGGGACCCCCUGCCUCAUUCUGGCGCCAUGAACAGGGACCCUGGCAAGCGUUGGGACGGAAGAUGAGAAAAAUCCCGCGUGGAUUCCUGCCCGUAACAUCAAACCCUGCACCACCAGCGAUGAGCCGUAGACCACCACGACCAUCGCCCCCGGUAGAGGAAAUGGAGGACCUGACCAUAGAGGACAACCAGCCCCGACGGCGGAGACGACCAAGACGCCGACGAGCUCACCCCAUCACUUGGGGUGAUAUGAAGGCCCUGCAAGAAGAAGCUGCACGCAUGGCACCAGAAGGCAAUCUGUCAGAAAGGACAUUAUUCCUAUUAAUGUGUGCCAUCAUAACAGCGAACUCUCAGGCGCGAGCACAACAUGUAUGGGCAGCCAUACCUCAUCCAGGGUUGCUCAUGCCUGUCAGCGCCGACAGCCUACAAUUCCCCGCUGUCCAAGUGUCUGACUGUUCUGUGGACUUAUCCUGUGACGGAGCGGAACUGGUCUCAUUGCCAUAGAACAGGACAGUAUGGGCUGAUACUAGUAGCCCUAACCUCCUUAAGUGGACUCUAAAUAAUGGGACUGCCCUGGGACAAGGGUGGUUCUUAAGUGAUAUCCUCAACCGUCUAACUUCCUGGUUAAAUCCAGCCAACCUCCUCAUUUGGGAGGUCAUGAUAGUAGGAUUUGUCAUAGGAAUAGUAUUAUUUCGCUGUUUAUACAACAUGUUCAAUAAGCUAAGUGCCCAGCAAGCCAUGAUCAUACACGUCCAGCAGGCGCUAAUAAGAAAAGAAGGGGGAGAUGUGGGAAGAGCUCAGGAGAUUUAUCUCAGUGCAGUGGCAGAUGCAAUGGCGUGAGCGCACUCCGCCUAUACAAGCUUCCUCGGCACACCGGGAAGUGGCAGCGCCCGCCUGAGUAAGCCCCCUAGAGCCCCUACACACUACCCUAUCUUUCCUACCAUUGGUUGCCCUAAGGAUGUUGUAAACUUCUGAUUGGUCUGGAAUGUUAUAUAUGUCCCUGUACUUAAACAAUAAAGUUCAGAUCUGUGUCUUGAACCUGAUCUCCGGAGUCGGGCAUGCUUCGUUAGGACUCGGUCGGCCUCACCACCGCGGGACCCCCUGCCUCACAUCCUCUCCCUUACACCUGGGGUGAUGCCUGGAGCUAUGGUAGUGGUGGCCUCUCUAGGGCCUGUGCCUGAGUUCCAGGUCCAGAGGAGCCAGGAUGGAGAAGGACGCUGGAUGAGAGUGGGAGCCCUACAGCAAGAAGGUGCUGGCUAAGGCAGCCAGGAUUUGGCCUAAGUAGGGGCACCCCUGGCCCCCUGCUCUAGGACAGAACUAGAUGGGGCCUCCGUGGGCCCAAGAACUAAGAGGAAAAAGCUGAGGCCAGUAAGGCUAGGCG